AUGGGCCAGCAAGGGCUCCGCGCUCAAGCCAAGGAGUUUGUCCCCUCGUCAAUCUCCACGGCUGUCUUUCUGGGCCCUGCGGCACCAGUGAGAGUAGGCCCUAGCUGCGGUGAAGACUCCUGCGCUGUUGGUGGUGUGCAGGUGGAGGCAAGGCAGUCGGAAGUUGAGAAUGAUGUCGUGCAAUGUGGGAUGCUGACAAUGCAGCAGAAGAAGGUGGUGAAACGACUUACCAACGCACGGCUCCCCAUGAAAAGGCAAGGUGCCGAACAGCAAGAGAUCUCUUGUCUCCCAGCUGAGGAAUGGGGCCUGCAGGCAUUGGAUGCCGUUGAGGUCCCAGCCCAGCCGAGAAGCCUCGAGACCAAGAGUCUGCACAUCUUGCAGGCAGACAGUGCCGACACAUCAGCAUCGGAGGCGCCGAGUGGGCAGUGCCAGUCUGAUUUUCUCCCGGAAAAGCUCAGUGCAGUAGCUCAAGCCCCGCGGUGGCGGCUGCGGACACGCUCCGAUGAAUCAGGUGUGGAGGUUGAGAGGAUGUUGCAGCGUGAACCAACAGCAAUGAAUCUGGCAUCAGAAAAUCGGUUGGGCUUCCCAGAAAGUGAAGCUGCGGUGGCGGAGCACAACGCAUAUGGCAUUAUUGAAUUCAGAAACUCACACAGGCACGUUGAAAAGAAGCACGAUCCUGUCGUCGCGCGAAACAGCGAGAGCAGCGUUGAAGAGCAACAGGUAGCUGAUGUUGACAUCUGGGCUUCUCCUGCUUUCACCGAUGUGGCGCACCAUGGUUCAGAAGACUCGAUUCCACUGCAAUCUCGGCCUACAACUUCUCCGGCACCAAGUUCAGUGCUUGGGGCACCAUCUCAGAAUGUGCAGCCAGAUGGCACCCUCCCAUUCCAGGUUGAGUUUGGUGUCGAGUACGAUCGAGGCUGGGUCAAAUACAAGGACCCAGAAGGCGGAGAAAUCUGGUUCCACAAUGAACACACGGAUGACUACUUCUUUGCUCAGUACAGCCGUCAGUGGGGUUGGCUGCCCUACGAAAGCAAAAAGUUCUUUCUUUCCGUGGCGUCUGCGCCGAUCGGUGGCUCCACCAUGUCGAUCCCGUCUGAAGUGCAGGGCAUUUUGGCAGUCUUCGUCUGCGGCUGCUUCGUCACCUUGAACUUGAUUCUGUCCAAGUUGCUGCAG